AUGGCUUCCAGCUUUAGGAAGUCAACCGCGGCCUCCACCAGCCAGAAAAGAAAGGUGGGGCCGAAGCCUGAACUCACUGAAGAUCAGAAGCAAGAAGUUCGGGAAGCGUUUGAUCUCUUCGAUGCGGACGGGAGUGGGACCAUCGACGUGAAGGAGCUGAAGGUGGCCAUGAGGGCGCUGGGCUUUGAACCCAGGAAGGAAGAGAUGAAGAAAAUGAUUUGCGAGGUGGACAAGGAAGGCACGGGGAAAAUCAGCUUCAAUGACUUUUUGGCCGUGAUGACUCAGAAGAUGGCUGAGAAAGACACCAAGGAAGAAAUUCUGAAGGCUUUCAGGCUCUUUGACGAUGACGAAACCGGGAAGAUCUCUUUCAAAAACCUAAAGCGCGUGGCCAGCGAGUUGGGGGAAAACCUCACUGACGAGGAGCUGCAGGAAAUGAUUGACGAAGCUGAUCGGGAUGGAGACGGUGAAGUGAACGAGGAUGAGUUUCUUCGGAUCAUGAAGAAGACCAAUCUUUAUUAAAGUCAGUUUCUCCUGCAAAUACGUGUAAAGAAGUUUAGCUACUAGUUGGGUUCCCUGUUAUUUUUUUGUGAAAUCUUGCUUUAC